AUGAGUUAUCCUCCUAACCCUCCACCUCAAAGAAGGAGUCGACCACCAUCUGUUAAUCACAAAUCAUGUUUAUUGAGUGAUCAUGAGAAUGAUAGAGUUUUUAGCAUGCUCGGAAAAAAAUGUUCGACACUAUCCACAGGAGUGGUUCAAGUCUUUCUGGCACAACAUAAUUCAAGAUGGAACAAGGUUGGAACUGGUGUAUGUUGUUUCAUCAAAGAUAAUCCAAGGCGUUCAUAUUAUAUUAGAGUUUAUAAUAUUGCAACUGAUCAGAUGAUAUUUGAACAAGAGUUAUACAACCAGUUUAAAUAUGCAACACCUCGACAAUAUUUUCAUACAUUUGAUACUAACGACUGUAGAGCAGGUUUAAAUUUUGCUGAUGAAUCAGAGGCUGAUCAUUUCAGAAGAACAGUUGAAGAAAAAAUUAAAGCUAAGCAAGAGAAGAAACAAGAAGCUUUACUAAGCCAAUGUACUGCAAAAGCAAUGUUACUAAAAGUAUCUCAGCGUGAAUUGUUCAAAGGAGCAUGA